CACRUCCAACAAGAGAUUCUAUCCAGGAAGUGGAUUCAAGAACCCACCUGAUCGAUUUAAACCAGUGGUAGUAGGCCUACAGUAUAUAUUCCAGGUGCGCUGGACGAAAAGUAUCAGCUGGUCAUUAUCUGCGGGAUGUUUUGGAAUGAAACCUGCCGGACUGGAAUUUGAUUUAGUCUACGUAGGUGCGUAACAGUAAAAUGCUGCCGUUUUAUAAUCUCUGUAACAGGAAGGGAUUUACUAGCUACAGACUAAUCCGUUGAGACCGCACAUCCAUCGUUUCGCGACAAUUCGUUUUCCUGUGAUGUGUUGGUCAACAUAGUUUGUGAUACGUUUAUGAAUGUGAUGCAAUUUGAUACAUCCUUGCUGCGCAAGAGUCCCGAGCGCGGUCACGGAUAGACAGGCGCCAACGGUUCAAGAACAUUAAUUUACCAAAUUUAUAUCCAACUAAUCUCCAUGUAUCUGCCACGGCGCUCAGCGAACACAGACCAUCGGUUUAUCAUUGUACAGUUAGCCGGCAGGCUCUCCAUUUAGCCGGCCGCGGAGAGAUGCGCGCAGAUGUGGAGUACAGCCCGGUCGGCGAGGGGCUGGGGAUGAGCGAGUUCUGGCUAUAUGUGUGGAUGCGAAGGGUCGCAGUGAUCGCUGCGCAUGUCAUAGCUGUGGGUCUCACUGUACUGAUUUCACUACUAUCCCGCCCUGGAACAAGUCUAUUUUCCUGGCAUCCUGUGUGUAUGUCUAUCGCAUACCUCCUGUGCCUGACCGAGGGGAUCCUCCUCUUCUCUCCCGAGGGGACUCCGUUCUGCUUCAAGGCACGGAAGGGUAAAGUCCGUCUGCACUGGUUCAUCCAGGCCCUGGUCAUAUUGGCUGCAGCCACCGGAGUUGGCUUCAUGGUUGCCAGCAAGAACGUGUCAGAGCGCCCCCACCUGGCCACCUGGCACAGCCUGCUGGGGGUGGGCACCCUGGCUGCCACCUUCCUCCAGUCCGCCUGCGGUAUCUGCCUCCUCUUCCCUAAGCUGCUCAAGCUGUCGCCUCCACGGCUCAAGCUCUACCACGCCACCUGUGGCCUCGUGGUGUACCUGCUGGCGACUGUGACCGUGGUGUCGGCCAUGUUUUCUGACUGGUUCCAGGCCACGGUGAAGGGGGUGGUGUGGUACGCCUUCCUGCUGCUGCCGCUGUUCCCAGCCCUGGUGAUCAUGAACCAAAUCACUAACGCCUACCUGCCACGCAAGAAGAUCACCACCUGAGACUAAGUUGUAGGUUUUCACAGUACAGUAGACUAUAGAUCAGUGUCUCCCAAACCUCUCAUGAGUACCCCCAGCCAGUCCACGUAUUUGAUGUACUCGACAACUAGCACAGCUGAUUUAACUAACGAGGGGCUUGAUUUAUUAGAUGAUAAUUUCAAUCAGCUGUGUUAGUUCUGGAAACGUCAAAUAAGUGGACUGUCUGUGGGUACUCAUGAGAGGUUGGGGAAACUGCUAUAUACAGAUAUAUGUAUCUUGUAAGACUACCACCAGGAACUCAGUCUUACACAAGUACAAACAUAUACAAAGUACUAGUGACGGGAGUUAGUUGCAUACAGACACAUCUAUAAGAAGACCUGGGUGUGACCGUUGAAUCCUGAUAAACAUGUAUGGGACCUGCCCUGAAAGGCUACUGAAAGCUGACCUCUGCUGGGACAGAGUGGAUGUAACCCCGAAGUAGUCUCCAUUCCGUCAUCUGUUUCUCCAGAGGCUACUUUGCAAUUUAUAUACAGCGAACAAUAAGUCUGAGACACUGUAUCUGGAUGGUUUAAGGCAGGGCUGUCCAACCCUGUUCCUGGAGAGCUACAGUCCUGUAGGUUAGUUUCUAAUAAUCCUCAUCUAGUUUCUAAUAAUUAGCUGGUUGAUAAGCUGAAUCAGGUUGGUUACAACUGGGGUUGGAGUGAAAACCUAUAGGAGGGUAGCUCUCCAGGAACAGGGUUGGACAGCCCUGGUUUAAGGGAAGACAGUACCAUUGUGUAUCAACCUGAGUGUGGUUGUGAGCAGAGCAGCUAUGUGGGUGUGUAUUUUACCAACCCUUUAUACAUUUUGUUUUAUGAUUCUUCUGUCUUCAGUCAGCCUAUAUGUUACUGAACAUUAGCCAUUACGGUACGUUAAAAAAAAAAAAAAAAAUAACGUUUUGAUGUCUUGUCCUGAGAAGUGCGUGUGUCAUUGUCAUUGACACCGGAAAGUAUUAGCUUCUCUGAAUGAAGGUAUUCGUUAGAAACCCCUGGCGCACAAAGGCCUUUUGGACGUACCAGCACGAUGCCUAAACUUCUCCCAGUCUUAUUCAGUAGGUAAAAACACUUGAAAGGAAUUGUGACCAAAUACCAGCAUGUUGGCGGGCCAUUUUUAUACUUGAUAAAGGGCAAAUAAGUCAAACAAAAAGGGAAUAAUAUAGUAAGAGACCAAUAAAGUUUUUUKWUUUUUUUAUCUAUCAAGUCUUCAUAUGUAUUGCCUGCUGUGGCAGCCACAGGAGUAAGGGAGUUGGUUCCUAAUUUUGUUUUCAGAGCAUACCUAGAACUCUGUAUUUCCUGCUAUGCUAUAGGUCAAGUUAACCAGCAGCAGCUAAAGUAACUUGGUGUCGGACUAAUAAAAUGGCCUUUGGUGCCCAUGUUGUAAAACACAGUUUCUUGAACUACUCAAAUCUCUUCUCCGCUUCACUUGCUUGUAAAACCAAUCCAACGCCCUCCUGUUUCAAUAAACUCCUGUGUCCUCAUUUUAACUAAUGCAAUGUUGUGUUUACUGACUACAACGAGUGUGGCUGAAUUGAGUUUCUAAGGUGGUCUUUUUAGUGUGAUUAUAUGCUCUAAUAGUUAUCUGAGUGUCGUGUUUGAGUUCCGGGAAUUGGGCGAAUGGACUCACACUGUGUACUUGCAGUUGGAAAAUUUCACCCAGUCUGCCUAGUUUUCACUUCUGAGCACCUAUGAACAUAGAUGUGUUGAAAAGUUGAUUUCUUCAAUGUUUGUUACGAGCACCUAAUGAAUGUAGCCUAUUCUACUCAGGGCUAUGACCUUCAAACUCUGUGCUCAUUAGAGUAAGAAGUGGCCCCUAACCACUGAUACAGGAGAAAAUAUUUUCUCAUCCCCCUAUUGGUUAGCAUUGAUAUUGCAUGUAGGGAAAUCUGAUCCUAGAUCUGUGUUUGAGGGCAAUUUAUACCUUGUGUGUUCAUUGGAUGAGCUGAGUAUUUAUUAGUGGUCAGUAAUCUAGGAUUGUUUUAAAGAGGAAAAUGCAAGAGAUUGUAACUCCUAACAAUGUCAUCUCCCAUUUUAUGCUUACUGGACGUGAACCUGCUGAUGUGUUGUUUAAAUAAAAACCUUGAAUCCCA